CAUCGUCUUCAGCCGCUUCCCCUAGCUUUCCAAAUACCAGAUUCCCAUCUCCACCUGUAAGCAAAAAUGGCGAAGAACGGGAAGCUGAGCAAGCUCCGAUCCAUAAUCAAGAGGUGGAACUCCUCAACCCGGACCACUCUCACAGGCGGCGGCGGCGGCCGAGAUGGCUCGAGCGAAUCGACGGACGACGACGAUAUUCCCAGCGGCUUCCACCCCGUAUUCGUCGGGAAAUCUCGCCGGAGGUAUCUCCUAAGCUCCGAUGUCAUCGAUCGUCCGAUCUUCCAAACCUUAAUCAACCGAUCUAGCGGCGGUGAUGGCGGCGCUUUCGUAGGGUGCGAGGUUGUGCUGUUUGAGCAUCUCCUUUGGAUGCUGGAGAACGCGGAUCCUCAGCCGGAGUUGCUCGAUGAGCUCAUCGAUUUCUAUGCUUGUUGAGAUCGCCGGGUUAUGAAUGGCGGACGGUGAGCAUUAUCCCCUCAUGUUUAAUAAGAGGCAUUUGUACUAAUUUCUUGGUUGAUUUCAGCGAUUUUAGGUAGAAGGAAAGGGAAGAAAUGUUAACAGAAUUGAUUAGAAGAUUUGAAGCUAAAUUAACUCAUUAUGAUUACUAAUCAUUUGGAGUUCGUUUUUUCUUCCUGGUUCUUCAGGUUUCAGUAAGAUUGAUGUAAUUUUUUGGUUAUUGAAUAAUUUGUUCAA